GGAGGAGCCUGGGCCGGCGGCACGCAGGCGGGGGGGGCGCUGGCAGCAACUUCGGCAGGGCUGAGUCUGCGGCCCCGGGACGGCGUCGAGGGAAGCGCCGGGCAUCCGGCGGCGGCAGCCUACAGCAGAGAGUUAUGUUUGUGGUCAGAGUUAAGGUGACAUCCAGCGUUUGGAGAGGAGGGCUCGGCAUAUGGGGUGAUAGGCUGUGGAUGUGAAUGAGGUUUUGUUAUCCGUGAUGGCGUCAGCUCUACCCAGAACCCUCGGGGAAUUGCAGCUGUAUCGAAUACUACAAAAAGCAAAUCUCCUAUUCUACUUCGAUGCCUUCAUUCAGCAGGGUGGUGAUGAUGUCCAGCAGCUCUGUGAAGCAGGUGAAGAGGAGUUUUUGGAGAUAAUGGCUCUUGUAGGCAUGGCUAGCAAGCCUCUUCACGUCCGAAGGCUGCAGAAGGCUUUGAGGGACUGGGUCACAAACCCUGGUCUUUUUAACCAGCCUCUCACCUCCUUACCGGUCAGCAGCAUUCCAAUCUAUAAGUUGCCAGAAGGGUCUCCUGCGUGGCUGGGGAUAUCCUGCAGCAGUUAUGAAAGGAACAGCAGCACCAGGGAGCCUCACCUGAAGAUUCCAAAGUGUGCUGCCACGACGUGUGUGCAAAGUGUGGGUGCAAGCAAAUCCGAUGUGGUGGGGAACUUGCCACUGCAGAGCGGCAGCGAGCCGAGGCUCUGGCAAGGACACCACACCACAGAGAGUGAACAUAGUCUUUCUCCAGCUGACCUUGGCUCUCCAGCUUCACCAAAGGAAAACAGCGAGACCCUGGAUGCUGCUGCUGCUCUGUCAGUUGCUGAAUGCGUAGAACGUAUGGUUCCCUCCCUGCCCAAAAGUGACUCGAACGAAGUCAAGGAGUUACUGAAAACAAAUAAGAAACUGGCAAAGAUGAUUGGUCACAUCUUUGAGAUGAGUGAUGAGGACCCUCACAAAGAGGAGGAGAUCAGGAAGUACAGUGCAAUAUAUGGCAGAUUCGACUCGAAAAGAAAGGAUGGCAAGCAUCUCACCCUCCACGAGCUAACAGUUAAUGAAGCAGCCGCUCAGCUGUGUGUAAAAGAUAACGCCUUGUUGACCAGGAGAGAUGAACUCUUCGCACUAGCUCGGCAAAUCUCUCGAGAAGUUACAUACAAGUAUACUUACAGGACCACCAAAUCUAAAUGUGGAGAAAGGGAUGAGCUGUCACCAAAGAGAAUCAAGAUAGAGGAUGGUUAUCCUGAUUUCCAGGACACGGUCCAGACGCUCUAUCAGCAAGACAAAAUGCCACUUGCUUUGGCUAAAGGGAAGAAUGAAGACUCAACAGCUCUUAAUUCCCAGUCAGAAAAGGUGAUGGCAAAACAGAUGGAAUUUCUUUGCAACCAGGCUGCAUUAGAGAGACGUCUUUCCACAGGGUGUUACAGGCAAAACUCAGAAGAGCACAGCCCGAAUGGCAUGUCAUUAGAUAACACUGAUGGACAAGGUGAAAGACCGCUGAAUCUCCGAAUGUCCAGUCUGCCAAGUAGACAGUUGCAGCACAUUUCACUUGAUGGAGAGCAGCAUGUUGGAAAACCUCUGUGCGGUGAUCUGAUACGGCUUUACCCCAGUGGUGAGGCAAAGUCCCAGUCUUCAGAAGGUCUUGGUAUUUUAAAGGAUUUUCCUCAUUCGGCUUUUAACAACAUAGAAAGGAAGGUCAUAAAAACAGAACCUGAAGACACAAGAUAGUCAUUCUGCUCUGGAAAAUGGUGUCGUAAUAACGAAUGAAACUUCACAAGAGAAAAAAACCAGCCUUAAUAACCAGUGUUGCCUCAUUCAAAUACGAGAUUUCAAUAGCCAAAGCCUAAGAACUGGUACAGUAAUGUGUGGAAACAGGAAAGCAAGAGACACUGCAAACUAAAACAGUAAUACAGGUGGAUAAACAUUCCUGUAAAAGUGGUUUUAUAACAUGGGAAGAUUCACAAAUUAAUAUUGUGGGUCUUCAUUAUUUAAGAAUGUAUUAUGUAUUUGUAUAACUUAUCAAAGUAAAUCUAGAUGUUGGGACGUGUAUUGAGUCCAGUAGAUGUGGCUACAGUUCAUUUUACUUGAAAUUUCAAUGUCUAUUUUAAGUGUACCUAGCGUAGAUAUGGUUGUUAAACAUUUGAAUUAAAAUUCAUUGGAGAAUUAGGAAUGCAAACCUUGUGACACAAUUAACAGCAAGUUUGCAACAAUAUUGUAGAAAAAGGAAAAUGCAUAAAAUAUUUCAUGGUUUAAAAUGUUAUGUGGAUAUAGCAUUUGAUAGACCUAGACCCUGAUUCUGUAUUAUAGCGGACGUACUUGACACUUAACUAUUGUUACAUCACUUUCAAUGGUUUCAGCAGCCUUUGUGUAACACACUUACAGCAUAAUACCUACCUACAGUUCAGGAGUGUAGAGAAUGCCGGUUGGAAGAGGCCAUAUGAUUGGCUCCCAUUUCCUUGGGGGAAAAAACUAUGGUUUGAUAAUACUGUACAAUUACUGAAAUCUCAGCUGGUGGGAAACCCAAGAGACAAUGUAGCAUGGACAGGGCUGCAAAAAUUGUGAUUCAGACCAUUAUAACUUUUUGGACCUCUCUGUGGAUCUUUCAAAAACAAAAAGCAUCCUAGGUGUGGCAGAGAUGAAGUAUGGUGCACGAUUUAUGCAUUGAUGUAAAAGGUUGCACUUGGUAUCCAGAAACCAUAAGAUCUUUUGGAGGAGAAGACGAGGAGUUACGUCUUUAGCGUGUGACUCCUAAUUAAGUGCUGUCCAGCCCACAUGAUUCUAUGAAUAUACCGUAUACUGCAUACAGUAUGCCAAUACGUUUCUUUAUAUAUGUGAUUAAUUAACAUCUGUAUUCUUUAUUUAUUUGACAGUUUUUAUUUUUUGUACAUUUUCACUUUUGCAGAUGUCAUUUUAUCUAAGGAGAAAUAGUCGGCAUAUAACUUUGGAAUUUACCAUGGUGUGUUUGUGUGCAUCCGUUUUUCCUCUGCGCAACUCCCUCAAUAAGAGUUGCUUUCCAGCAGUCAAAACAGUUAUAUGCCUCAGUUUCUGAAUACAGUUUUUGCUUACAACAUGUUCUGGAGGGGAAAGGGAGGGCUGAAGACAGUAAGUUACCGUGCCAGCAGGUAAACUUCCAUAUUCAGGUGUGCACUUCAUGUCUGCAGUUUGCUCUGUGUCAUAGAUGUGUAUUAACGAUUCAGUCACAGUCUGUGUUGUACUGAAACAGUCAGCAAAAUGUGAGCUGAAAUGUCUACACUGCAGUCUCUUAUCACUGUAAACAUAUCUAAUUAUUUUAUCACUUUUGAUUUGUGGAACAAAGCUUUAUAGUAGAAACACCAGUAAACAACUUUUUAUACUAUUCAAAUGUUUGUUUUUUUAAAAAAUGUUUCUUGAACUGUAUGGUACUGUUUCACUUACUGAAGUAUCUUUAAGCAAUGGAGUUCGCAGCUUUGCUGUUAGAAAUAAGAGACUGAAUGUGUAGUUAUAUUUCCUCUUUCCUGUUGUGUGAGCUAGUGAUGCGGAUAAGAUUGUAACGUUAGCCAGUGCCCUGGUUAGUAUCCGAGUAGCUUUCAUGAGACAUGUAUGGAACUUGUUAAAGGACAGCUUAAGGUUUGAACUGUACAGCUGGUGUGAUAGAAGGUACCAAGCAACAAAACUUUAGAGAUGCAGAAAAUGUUCUGGUUUUUCAACACCUGGCACAAUCAACAGUUGUAUGGAUCACAGAAGAAGCUCUUAAGCUUGCUGGUCUCUUCGAUUAAAGUGAGAGGAAGAAAAAAGAACUUGCUAAGCAGCACGCCGUUUCAGUUGAGUCCAGAAUUUAUUUUGUAAACACUAAUGUAUUAAAUUUGCUAUAAAUUAAAGUAUAUAACAGUUAUAUUUUUGAGUUGUAAAUACAGUACUUUGUGUCACGACCAGUUGGUUCUCUCCAGGGUGAUAUUUCAGUCUAUAGUCCAACAGGCCAUUUCAGUCUCAAUAAGCUGGAAGCAAUUUUUUUACUGGUUUGCAGCUGUAUGAUAAUUACUUUUUUUUAACUGGGGGGGGGGGGAGGCAGGAGGUGCAUUCCGAGUUUGCACAUACAUUUGGUAAUAGCAAAUACUCAAGCAUUGGUCUUUCCAUGACAGAGGUCUUGGUGGACUGCAACUUGGCUUAGCCUCUGGAGCCGCAGGUGAAGGCUUGCCAUCAUCUGCUCUGGAAGGGUUGGUAGAUUCAGGGUACCCUGGAUCAAAGGCCAGCCCUGCAGAUGAUGCCUGUUCUUAUUCACAUGUUUAUAUUGUUGCUUACAAAAUAAAAUUCACCGUGAGAACUC